CAAAAGCAGCGGCGGUGAGUCGAGAGGCAGGCGCUCGCUGUUCGCUGUGUGUCGCUCAGUCAGUCUUGGCUUCGUCGCGUUCCCAACGAGCAUUGUCGGCCAGCCGAAGGGCAUGACCCUUGCCGACACCACCACCAUGACCUGCCCCGCUGACCUCACGUGACCCACGACACCUGUUCUCCAAACAGGAUGACGGAGGCGGCGAGUCGGGGCACGGCGGCGGGUCUGCAGCGGUUGUCGUCGUCAUCAGGCGUGUCGGGUAUGUCGUCGGUGCGGUCCAUGUCGGUGGCCAGCAUCAGCUCCGAGGGCAGCUCCGAGAGCCAUGGCGUCGAGCAGGAGGAGAUCUCGGCGCUGACGCACGACGUGCGUGCCUUCAAGGAGGCCCUUGCGCUCCUCAAAACCGUCUUUCACCACUCCGACAGAGACCUGCAGGACAACGUGCGGACCAUGGCCCACGACAGGCUGGGCGAGGUGUUGCGCAUCCUGAGGGUGGUGCUCGAAAAGCACCACUCGUUGCAGAACACGGAGCUGCUGAUGGCGGCCGGCGCCCUCAUCCAGCAAGUCAAAGGCCACGACUACGAGGACGACAAGGCGAGCACAAAGGACUUCUUUGACGCCAUCGACAAACUCGCCCUUGCUUUCAGCAGCAGGGUGUCCGAGUACCUGAUGGGCGACCUAGAUGCAGCGAACGUGCCCUUCACGAGCGGCGGCGCCGUCACCGGGAAGACCAAGUCCUACGAGACGCUGACGGGCAGGGCAGCGUCGGUGCGCGGCCGCUCGGCCGGCGCCGACGAGGCGGCCACCGCGGCCACCGAGCACGAGUCAGAGCUGCUGCGGGCCGAGCACUCGGUUGAGGCGUUGCUGCGCAGAGCCAAACUGUGCGCCAAGUACCUCAAGGACGUGCUCGCCUACGUCGAGAAGCGCACGCACCUCGAGCUCGAGUAUGCCAAGAACCUGUCCAAACUGGCACUCACCGUCAAGCCACUCAUCUGCGAGGAGAGCCACUUGCCGCUGCAAGGCGUCUUCUGUCACGCUUUGGACAACGAUUCGGACAACUGCAACGCGUUCCUGGACACCGGUUCGCUGAUUCUGGGUGCCAAGUUCAUGGAGCCGAUGCGGGCGCGUCGCUCGGAGCACGAGCGGCGGCGCAAGCAGCUCAAGGAGCAGUGGCAGCGUGAACUGCGUCGCAUGCAAGAGGCGGAUGGCGCGAAACGCAAGGCCUAUGCCAUCUUCGCGCAGCGCCAGCAGGCGGCCAGGGCGGCCGUCGAGCUCGACGCCAGGCCUGAGAGGCGUCGCAAGGUCGACGACGACGCUAUUCAAAAGGCUUUUGAGGCGGAGAGCACCUACAAAAAGGCGAGCUUAGACGUGGAGACGCAAGCCCGCCACCUGCACAAAGUCAAAGCUGAAGUGCUGCAUAGUCUGCAGGCGCUUUUGCUGCAGUACGACCAGACCAUCAAGGCUGCCACUAUGAACUUUUUCCAACUGCAACACAACCAAAGCUCCAUCACACCCAUCCAGUUCCAAAGAUUGUACGAAAGCAGCAACCAAUAUGAGCCAGGUCAGCAAUACCACGAGUUUGUGAAACGAUUCUGUGCGCUGGCCAGCCAGAAGCACGCGCUGCAGAGCUCGGCCAGCCUUUCCAACGUAAUGGACGCGGCUGCUGAUCCAGACAUUUUCGUACAAGGGCCAGGUCGGGGGCCGUUCCUAGUGCGGCACGCGUGGCCCAGCCUGCGCGGCAAGCAAGCGGCUGGCAGCGACUCGGACAGCAGCCACAGCGGCGGCAAGAGCCGCGAGCCGUCACCGGUGCUCAACUCGCCAACAAUGCCGCACUCGUCGGGCGACGAGCUGGACGGCAGGAACGCCGCCGAGCCGGCUGCCGACACUCUGCUGAACGACAUGUCCGCGGCCGCCCUCACACACAAGUUCCGUGCUGCCGACGCCAGCAGGGGCGAGCUGCGGUGUCCUGAGUGCGACUGUGUCGUCUACCCCAGCGCUCUGCAGUGCGUCAAGUGUGGCAUCGGUUGCCACAAAGAAUGUCUGAGCAAACUGUCGGCUCACUGUCUGCCGGCCAGGUUGGCCCUGAGCAAAGGCAUCUUCGGCAAGGAUUUGAGCCAGCAUCUGCAGGAGACGGGCUGUGCCGUGCCGCUAGUCAUCACAAAAUGCGUCGAGGAAAUCGAAAGGUCAGCCCUGACCAUCAAGGGUAUUUACCGUAUCUCCGGCGUAAAGUCGAAAGUGGAGAAGCUCGUCGAGGAGUUUGAGAGCGUGCUCGACUUGGUUGACCUGUCACGCGCCAACUGCCACGUGGUGGCGAGCGUGCUUAAGCUCUACCUGCGCCAGCUGCCUGUCCCCUUGCUCACCUUUGAACUCUAUCCUAGUUUCCUCAAGUUAGCCCGCGAGUGGUCGCCAGGAGCCGAGGGCGGCGUAUCCGAGCUGGACGCCCUGGUACACCGGCUGCCGGCCGACAACCUGGCGUGUCUGCGCUUCCUGAUGCGCCACCUGAGCCACGUGGCCGCUCACGCGCAGGACAACCAGAUGCCGGCGGCCAACCUGGGCAUCGUGUUUGGACCGACCCUGCUGCGCACCCCCGGCGGCCACGCCUCACUCGGCUGUUUGGCCGACACGGUGCACCAGACGCGCGCCGUCGAGCUGCUGGUGGCCCACGCCGGCGUCCUCUUCGGCGCCGCACACGACGCCUCCGAAUGCCCCAGCACCCUAGCCCCGGACAUGCCCACCCUCCUGCCAGGAUUCAUCCCUGAAAGACCCGGAGAAGGACCACCUGAACACCACUCGGCCCGAGACGACAUCAUUUUCGGUUUUGGUUCCGAUGAUGAAAUUGCGGACGUAUUCCUACCCGACUUCUCAGACCUGGACCCAAACUCUCCGGUGCUGAGGCGCAACCUGAAGCACUCGGCCUCUGCCAAAAUUAUUAAGUGCUCCUUGAGAGAUUACAAAGGAUUGGAAGGCGCGACUGCCGAGAGCAAAACAAACGCAAGUUUGGACGUGGCCGAGCCGUCGGCGCACCUGAACCUACGCAAAAGCAAAAGCGCCUCGGACCACCAGUCCAAGGGUGGACGCGUCCUGCGCAAGGAGAGUUUGGCCGGCGACUCGGACGUCGAGUCGUCGUCGCACCUGGGCAGCUCGCUCGAGAGCUCUAGUCUGCGCGACGAAAUGGAGCGACGCCACCUGCAGCACCUACACCACGUGACCGCCUCCUCCUCGGUCGAGGACAGCGAGACCGAGGAAUCAACCAAGACGCCGCUCAAGGCCUCCAAAGUCGCAUUUUCAGAGGGUCGCGUGAAGGCAUCGUCCUUGUCGAGCGGCAGUCUGAUUCACUCGACCAAGCACCACAUCAGCGUGGUCACCAGUCACUUCGUGCACCGCAAGGCGUCCAAGGCGUCGGCCGUGAUCGUCGGCCCGCCUCUGAUGGCGAUGCCAAAGAAGGCCGAGAAGGUGCUCGGCGAGACGAUCGUGCACAAGAUCACGAUGCUGGACGACACCGACCAGGCCAAGCACGACCAGGCCAAAUAAUCUCGCAACAUUCUACGUAGAACGAAAGGCUUCUCGAAUCCGGAUUAAGAACAAAUUAUAUAUACGCUCGCAAACUGUAACAUGUUAUAUAUAUUGUCCCUUUGUGAAAAUGUGUGUUUACUGUAAAUGUACGGCAAAUAUGAUUUUUAUUUGAAGGA